AUGUCGGGCUACUCGCAGAUGAUGUAUGUUAGUGAUUCAGCGUCUAGUGACCACGAUGAGCCUUUCAUCUGCGACAAGCACUCGUUCGCAAUGCCUGACCUGCUCGUCGGUGGAGUCAAACUACAGCUUUCCACGUACGAGAACGCACAGAUUCAGUGUCAAGACGGCAAUAUUUCCAUUAGCCUGAACAACUACACGGGAAAGCUCUUGUUCCUACCGAGGCAGAAGGAGGAAGGGGCAUGCAAGCUUUUGUCCGAUUCUUCUCUCGAUGUCAAGACCCCGCACAAACCGAUAGACCCAGACACCGUCGCAACAGUCCAACGCGGAAAAUCAAAGAAGCAUAAAGACCCACUGGAUAUCGCGGAGCACAAGGGAGAGGAUAAAGUGGAGGAGGUGGAGGAAGAGGAGCACGCAGCUGUGCCAGCAUCUCUUCUCGAUGCCUCCUGUAACGACGAACUCUCGAACGAUCCUUUCAGUGACCUCCCGCACAUUCUCGAGAAACUCCCCAAGGCUGACUCGCUCUGCCACUUCGAUGGAGGGCCAGGGGAGGAGCGAGGCAUCUUCAACUUUCUCGGCAAGAAGGCGGUCAAGUUCGGAGUGAUCGAGGUGACUAGCUCUGGCUACGAUGCUGCUUUCAGACGGCCAGAGGACAUGCUAGCGGGCAAGAAGAGCGGCGACGGGUGUGUUGCCGUGCCGGAUGAGGAUAAUAACGACAAUGUCUUCUUCGAGUUUUCUCUCAAACGAGGACUCGAGAUGAGGGUUGAGAGCUACUCCCUCCGAAACGGCUCGAGGGACUGCGGAACGUACUUGAAGGAUUGGGUGAUUGAGCAGAAGGUGAUGGGGGAAUGGGAGCUGCUUGACCAGCAAAGUUCCCACCUCCUGGACGGGAAUCGGCAAACCCUCCAUCAUUUCAAGAUUGACACAGAGCUAGGGAAUUUCCCAGCGUUUACCUCCAGCAUACGGAUUCGGCGUGUCGGACCGCAGCACGAGCGGCAUCCCCUCUGGCUAUUGUCGAUUGAGCUCUUCGGCUUUCUCCGGCGAGAGGCCUUCGACUCGCUGGAGUCGCAGGAGCUGCUCUGCGAGGAUUACGCGCUCUCCAUUCCCCCGGAGGAGCCGCCUACGAAGAAGUCCAAGGCCUCGACGCCGGGGAAGAAGAGCUCGCAGCUGGACAUUUCCAAGUUCUUUCCGAAGAAGAGCGCAGGAGAGUAG